CUACUCCAGUGAAUAUUUUCUCUCUUCUCAAAGUCUUAGCUACAACUGGCAGUCAUUGUCUGAUGAUAAACAGAUGAAAUAUGAAAGCUCUGAUAUUAGUUGGUGGUUAUGGAACCAGGCUGCGUCCUCUCACAUUAAGUCGACCAAAGCCACUAGUGGAGUUUUGUAACAAACCAAUGAUGAUGCACCAAGUAGAGGCUCUUGUGAAGGCUGGUGUAACACACGUGAUACUGGCUGUCAGUUACAGAGCAGAGUUACUAGAGAAGGAAAUUAAAGCUGAAGAAGUACAGUUAGGAAUAAAAAUUACACUUUCACAUGAAGAUGAACCUUUGGGAACUGCAGGACCUUUGGCUUUAGCAAAAGACAUCCUCAGCUCAGACCAAGAACCUUUCUUUGUUUUGAACAGUGAUGUCAUCUGUGAUUUUCCAUUUAAAGAAAUGGUUGAAUUCCAUCAAAAUCAUGGAAAAGAAGGAACCAUUGUUGUAACAAGGGUAGAAGAACCAUCCAAAUAUGGUGUUGUGGUAUAUGAUGAGAGGGGAAGGAUAGAAAAAUUUGUGGAAAAGCCUCAAGAAUUUGUUUCAAACAAAAUAAAUGCUGGAAUGUAUAUCUUUAACCCUUCAGUGUUAAGUAGAAUACAGGUAAAAAUUUAUACUUGGGUUAAUUGUCACUGUUUAAUAGAACAUAG